GUAUCUUGGUUCAUUUUGUAUCCAUCCUCACAACGUUCCGAGGUGUUGCUCAUACACACACCGGUCAGUCAAACCAUGAAGUCGGAACACGAUGAGUACACCACGAUGGCGCUCCUCUUCUUCCUUUUUUCGCAGAUGUUAGUGUGCUGGGCACAGCAAUCUCCAUCAUGUCAAGCACGUUUCCCGUCGGUUGUUCUCCCGCCAGCGGGCGAUAAAAACAUUCCGCCACAGAUGGUGGGCGAUUGGUACAAAUACCGGCAACUGUCCGAAGUGUUGCAACAAACAGGCUCGAUCAAUCAGCGUAUCCGUUUCGUCAGUAUCGCCCAGACCGUGGACACUCUGACGAACACGCCGGCAUACGCCAUGACCGGGCAGUUUGUUCAGUACGACAUACCGGAGAAUAAAACCUGCGUCGGCCAUUACUGGUCGGGACUGUACACGGAGGACGGACGAUUGGUGGGGAAUGUGGCUGUAGUCGAAGACAAUUUCGUCAUGCGACAGGGGAAUUAUGCGGUGGUCUAUCACGACUACGAUAAAAUGGUCAUCGGAUACGGCUGUUAUGGGCAUAAAGCCGAUGGGACCUGCGUGACACCUGUCAUCUGGGCGCAGACCCGCAAGUUCCCAGGGAAUUUUACAGCCGCCGAGAAAGCGGAACUGGAUGCUAUAAUCGAUAAGGCCUUUGAGCCGUACUGUAUUAAGGCUACGGAUGUUCCGCUACAAGUUUACAACGACAUGCCGGACUGUCCGUUUCUCGAUUUCCCGGACUGCAGCGCGAAGCUGGCGCGUGGUCUGCAGCUGAUGAACACAUCCGCAAUGCCGACCGGGAAUUUUGGGGCCUCGGGUGUACCACCGCCGUCCACUUGCCAACUGCCCAAUUCCAUUCUGGCGACAAUGUCGUACGAUCCCACACAGAUGGCUGGUUUGUGGAACGGAUACCGAUUUAAAUCGGUCGAAAGUGGUGUGAGUAACUCGCAACUGAACUGGCACGUCAUCGGCAAUUCCUCCCUUCCGAUGUCCAGUGUGAAAGCGCAGUUGAUGUGGAUGGAGUACGCUGUUAUAAGUAACAACGUCUGUCUGAAUGGCUUCUACAUAGGCGAACUAGGCGUGAACGGACAGGCUGACGGUUUACUAGGGCCGGUUUCGCAAGCCGGUGAUCGAGUAUUUUUCCAACUGACCACAUUAUACUUGGACAGCCAUUAUGCCUUGUACUACGGAUGCAUCAUUCCCGACCCGGCGAGUGGCAACUGUCGGGCGCCAUAUGUGUCCGCCGUCACUCGACAAGAUCCCGCACAGCUAUCAGCCGUGGACAAAACCAGUUUUGACGCCAUCAUAACACCGUUCUUCAGCAAGUAUGGAUGCAGUGUCAACGAUAUACCACUGGUUGGGCAGACCAGUAAUGGUCCACCUUGUGCACUGCAAGGUUCUGGCGAUCGGUGCAUUCAACUGAGUCUACAGGGAUUAGCGGAAGCUAUCGAGCCAGCACCGGACAGAACAGCUACUACAACUGUUAAACCAAACUCAUACUAUUACUAGCAGCAUACCGUUAACCUUGGUUGUUUUUUUAUACGCUGACUAUUUAUGCCAUAAUUUUUAUACUGCAGUGCCAAAUUUCCCGCUUUUGAUGAGCUCCCAGACAACGGUGUGACUCUGUGACACACAGAUAUACAAGUGAUUAAUACUUGCAAACCGUAUACAGGCCCAUGAGCCUGCUUAUCGAUUACCACCGACUGGAAACAACAAGA